UUAAGGUAAUUGUUUUACUAAUUGCUUUUUUUUUUUUCUUGGUACCAGGGAUGGAACUUGGGACCUUGCGCUUGCGAGGCAGGUGGUGGAACCACUAAGCUAAAUCCCCGGCCCUACUAAUUGUCUUUCUUGCUUUCUCAGGUCUGAUGUAGGUCUGAGAAAUAAUGUAUCUUUUGUCCAGUCUCCAUCAUUUUUGAGUAAAUAUUUAGUUUUUGAAGGUACAGUAGAUGACUCUCUUGGUAUACUUUGUGUUCCUCAGCCCUGGAAUCAACAAUUUUUACGAAGUACCAUUGUUUCUUUAAUUGAAGAAUAAUAGUUAGAAAUCAAGAUAUUGCACUAGGUAGUCUCAAUGCUCUCAUCAGGCUCUCAUCUUAAUGAAAUUAUUAUUUCUGUAUGCUUUUUAGAAUUCUAAAGAAAGUAUUGGAGAUUCUUUCUAGAAAUGUACAAAGAAAAAAGACAAAAAAAUAGAAAUACAGCAAAGAAAUUAUAGUAAACAAGAAAAUGGGAGGAAAAUCUUGAAAGUAUACAAAAAUACAUGCUAUGAAAUUACUUAGUGUUCUUGCUAUAUAAGGUUUUUUGCGGCUAGGGUGUGGGGGGGGUGUUUAAUUUUGAGACAGGGUCUCACUAAGCAGUUCAGGCUGGCCUUGAACUCCUUAUGUAGUCCCGGUUGGGCAUGAACUCACAUGAUCCUCCUGCCUCAACCCCUCCCGACCCCCAAGGCUGGGGUGACAGGUGUGUGCCACCCUGUUUAUGACCUUUUGAUUCUGAGCUUCCAAGGCUGCUAGGCAAAAAGGGAGCUACAUCUGUGGGCCUCAGGGGAAUACAGACCAGUUGCUCAGGAGAGCAGCUGGGUUUGGAUUUAAAAAAUUUUUUUUUGAGACAAGGUCUUGCUUUGUUUUCAGGCUGGCCCUGAACUCACUUUGUAGCCCAGGCUGGCCUCAAACUCGUGGCAAUCCUCCUGCCUCUGCCUCCUGAGUGGUGGGAUUACAGUGUAGGCCACCUCACCCGGACCAGAGCAGCUGUUUUUGGUAUUGAGGUCAAGAGGAAAACUUCCUCUUGCCCCUCACCAAGAGGACAUUGUGUGGUAUAAACAAUGUCAACAACAACUUCCUGGCAACACUAAUGUUCCUGACAGCUACGAGUUUCUAACAAUUUCUUUUUUUGUACCUGGGGAUCGAACUCGGGACCUUGCGCUUUUGAGGCAGGCAGUGGAACCACUGAGCUAAAUCCCUGGUCCAGCUAUGAGUUUUUGAUGAUACUUCAGGUGUGCUUCAUUGUCAGCCAGAGCCAUUAAACCAUCACAGUUCAGUAAACAGCUCCCCUGUGGGUCAAAACAGUUCGAUCCUGGCUUACAGCUGUUUCAGCAGGUCUAGUUUCAAGGUAGGGUCUCAGCAAGGAACUAUACUUUUUUUUUUUUGUACCGAGGAUCAAACUCAGGUCCUUGUGCUUGCGGAGCAGGCGGUGAAACCACUGAACUAAAUCCCCAGCCCAGCCCCCCCCCCCUUUUUUUUGUACUGGGGAUUGAACUUGGGUCCUUGCGCUUGCGCAGCAGGUGUCAAAACCACUGAGGUAAAUCCCUGGCCCAGGAACUAUACUUUUACAGCAGUUCUUCCUAAAGAUUCUUCCACACAAAUGUCUGCCAGGCACCCAGCAGUAGAGUUUGACAGGUUCAAGGAAGAGAGGUGUUUUGCGAUACCAGUUAAAGGUCUGUCUGUAGGGUCCCUUGAAGACAGAAGGGCCCUAUUAAUUGCUCACUAACUUGUUUGUAGGCAUUUGUGGAUAGACAAAGUCCUUGUUCCAAAGGCUCUGUCAGCUUAUCUGUGUCUUAGGUAAAUGUCAGGUAAUUGGGUGUGGUGGCACAUGCCUAUAGUCGCAGCACUCUGGGAGGCUGAGGGAGGAGGACUGAAAAUUGGAGCCCAGCCUGGGCAACUUAGUGACUUAGGGAGACCUUGUCUCAAAAUGGAAAAGGGCUAAGGAUGUAGCUCAUUGUGAAGGUCCUGGGUUCAGUCUCCACUACUGAAAGAAAAAAAAAAAACCCGGGUAAUAAAUUAUAAGACACAUUUUAAUGCAAAAUAGUAUAUGAGCUUUUGAAAAGAGAUUGAGCCUUAGGGAUACUUCUGUGAUACCAACAGAAAACCUUAUUCAUUUAGUCAAAUUUAAUUGAACACCUACUAAGCAUCAGCAACAUGGUGAGUGUUGGAGGUCAUUGUGUAACCUGUUUUCCUUUAAUUAGGAUUUUCAUAUUCCCACAUGACCCCAUUCCCCAAUGGAGAAACGGCUAAAGACAUGAAACUGAAAUCUAAGUGAUUACCAUGAAGAUAUGAAGCCUGACAGCUAAAUAUCCAAUUUUGAGAUACAGAGAAAGAAUGGGGAGAACUCUAAUCCAGACAUGUUUGAGAUGUUCUCGGGAAUCCCCGAGGGGGACUGCGGUCAGCCAUCCGACAGGGACAGCGACUCGGACAGAGACUGUGGCCCGAAGAGGGCCCGGGGAGACGCUACCACGGGUGAGGACGCCAGGGAGGCGCCAGCCCAGGGCAGGGAGGUCGGCCAGUUCAUAGGCCUUCAGGGCACCUACCUGGGAGAGAAGCCCUAUGAGUGUACCCAGUGCGGGAAGACCUUCAGCCGGAAGUCCCACCUGGUCACGCACGAGCGGACCCACACCGGGGAGAAGUACUACAAGUGCGACGAGUGCGGCAAGAGCUUCAGCGACGGCUCCAACUUCAGCCGACACCAGACGACGCACACAGGGGAGAAGCCCUACAAGUGCAGGGACUGCGGGAAGAGCUUCAGCCGCAGCGCGAACCUCAUCACCCACCAGCGCAUCCACACGGGCGAGAAGCCCUUCCAGUGCGCCCAGUGCGGCAAGAGCUUCAGCCGCAGCCCCAACCUCAUCGCGCACCAGCGCACGCACACGGGCGAGAAGCCCUAUUCGUGCCCGGAGUGCGGCAAGAGCUUCGGCAACCGCUCCAGCCUCAACACGCACCAGGGCAUCCACACAGGCGAGAAGCCCUAUGAGUGCAAGGAGUGCGGCGAGAGCUUCAGCUACAACUCCAACCUGAUCCGCCACCAGCGCAUCCACACGGGCGAGAAGCCCUAUAUGUGCCCGGACUGUGGGCAACGCUUCAGCCAGAGCUCGGCGCUCAUCACGCACCGCAGGACGCACACGGGCGAGAAGCCCUACCAGUGCGGCGAGUGUGGCAAGAGCUUCAGCCGCAGCUCCAACCUGGCCACGCACCGCAGGACCCACCUGGUGGAGAAGCCGUACAAGUGCGGGGUAUGCGCCAAGAGCUUCAGCCAGAGCUCCAGCCUCAUCGCCCACCAGGGCACGCACACGGGCGAGAAGCCCUACGAGUGCCUGACGUGCGGCGAGAGCUUCAGCUGGAGCUCCAACCUCAUCAAGCACCAGCGCGUGCACACGGGCGAGAAGCCCUACGCAUGCGACGAGUGCGGCAAGAGCUUCAGCCAGCGCUCCCAGCUCGUGGUGCACCAGCGCACGCACACCGGCGAGAAGCCCUACCCGUGCCUCAUGUGCGGCAAGAGCUUCAGCCGCGGCUCCAUCCUGCUCAUGCACCAGCGCGCGCACCUGGGGGACAAGCCCUACCGCUGCCCCGAGUGCGGCAAGGGCUUCAGCUGGAACUCGGUGCUCAUCAUCCACCAGCGCAUCCACACGGGCGAGAAGCCCUACAAGUGCCCCGAGUGCAGCAAGGGUUUCAGCAACAGCUCCAACUUCAUCACGCACCAGAGGACUCAUAUGAAAGAGAAAUUGUACUGAAGCCGCGCGGUGAAGGGAGGGGACAACUGCGGAGAGCAGGGGUCUGCAGUGCCAUUUGUUCCAAACGGUGGCAGGGUAUCCCCCCCCACCCCCCGACCAGUGUCUGCCAGGCUGGCACCUUGCUUGUCAGGAGUCAGGGCCCCUACAGUUCAAGAGCAGCAGAGGCUGGAAGGUUGGAAAGUGGGGUCUUUUUCUGUUACAUUCACGAUGUUGUUGGCCCUCUCUCCUAACUUUCUCUGCCUUGCUUUUCUCCUUGGUAAUGUUUCUUCAUGUGGGCGGAGUCUCCAGAGAAACUGGGCAUCUGUUCCUAGGGUUCUGGUUGGUUGGCUGCCACUUGGUUGGACUGAAGUGCCUUUGCCUGAGCUGGUGGAAUUCCUGGGCCCCCGGCUAACUGGCUCUGGUGUCUUAGGUGUAGGUUUUGGGUCAGGGUGGUGGGCCUUUUGCAAUCCUGUCAUCCACGUGAAGGGGAAGCCCUUUUCUAUUUCCAAAAAGUGUCAGGAAGUGUGUCCUGGUGGGAGGGACAGGGCCUGCUGGGAAUGGUGGUCUUUGGGCUUGCUUCUGGGGAGCCAGCUGCCAGUGGGCACCCUCGUUCCCUUGGGGUGCAGUGUACAGGGCAUGAGGUCUGUGAGCCCAGCUGCCCACUGUGUUAGUUGGGCUUCCUGUCAUCCAAGGUGACACAGCCCUGCCCGCUGCCCUCUCAGUUCUGAACACUGUACUCAUCUCAUCUCUGUUCUUGUGUCAUUAUUUUCUAUACACAGGUCUAGGUGUCUGGUAGCUUUUAGAUACCAAGAACAGGAUUUUUAAGGAAGUGCUAACUUUGAGGGCAGACAACAUCCCCUGGAGAGCUCUGGGCUUAAGUCAGGAGUUUGUCCUAGUUUCCUGUGCCAUCCUGGCUGCUCCCAGGGCUUUGUUCCGUAAGACAGUUAAGUCGGGAUGACAGCAGGUGAGGUGAUGGGUUGGUUAGGAGGGAAGAGGGGAGCAGAUGGGGUGUCUUGGAAAUAUGAAGCUGCUUUCUACUCAUGGGGCCUGGGUUUGGGGGGCCUUGAUGGAAGCUCCAUAUUGCCUAAUAAAAUGGAUUCCCUUUCUUUCCCUGAGCCUGUCCUCUAAUGUGUGUUAAAAACCUGAACUUAGGGCCGGGGAUUUAGCUCAGUGGUUCCACUGCCUGCCUCGAAAGCGCAAG